ACUUGAAUCGGCGUGACAGGAAACAAAUGUUUUGUUUGUUUGAUAACAUAGAAUCAGCAAGUUAAAAUAAAAAUAUGUGGAGAUUCAAGCCUUCAAAAUACAAAAAUGCUGUUCCAAAAGUUCCAAAGAAAAAUGAGGGUUGGAUUACAGACAUUUCUGUUGGCUCUUUGCCUUCAUUUGGUAACCACAUCAAAGCUAGUUCAUUGUUUAUGGCUUUCAAUGUGGAAUCUGGAGGUGGUGGAAAUUUAGGUCUUUUAUCUAUAAAUGACUCUGGCAGUAAAAACAAAAACCAAUCCCUCCUAAGGGCACAUUCAGAGUUUGUCACCGAUUUUGAGUUUUGUCCUUAUGAUGAUGGAAUUUUGGCUACUGGUUCUCAAGAUUAUCAUGUAAAGCUAUGGAGAAUCUCUGAGGAAAGUUUGACAAGCAAUGUGCCUAGCAAUCCAGAGAUUGAUAUUUUAUUGCAACAGAAAGUAGAAAUUGUAAAAUUUCACCCUCAAGCUGAUUGUAUUUUAUCAACAGUGGAAAGCAAUAAUAUACGUCUUUGGGAUGUAAAUACUAAACAAUGUAUUUAUGUUGAUUCUAGUCAUGAAGAUGUUGUUCAGUCAAUUUUUUGGAGACAUUCCGGUGACUUGCUAGCUAGUUGCGGCAAGGAUAAAAUGUUGCGACUAUGGGAUCCUAGAGACCCAGCAAAGAACCAGAGUGCUGCUAGUCAUAGCAACAACAGGGAUUCAAGAGUAGUGUGGCUUGGAGACACUCAGCAAUUAAUAACUACUGGAUUUGGAAGUGGCCGAGAAAGAGAAGUCCUUUUACGUGAUAUUCGGAAGCUUGAAGAUCCCGUAGCAUCUUACUCCGGAGAUUCCAGUCUUGGUGUAUACAUUCCAUUGUUUGAUCCGGAUACGAAUAUGUUAUUCUUAGUAGCAAAGGCUGAUACAGCAAUCUCAUUUUGGGAAGUUCUUGAUCAUGCUCCAUUUUUACAAGAAGCUACAAAAUAUCUUGGUGAAAUACAAGCAAAAGGUGCUACUUUACUUCCAAAACGAGCUUUAGAAGUUAUGGACGGUGAAGUUAAUAGAUUGCUUCUAUUAGGUCAGGAUUGUAUUGUUCCUAUCUCAUUUCAAGUUCCUCGAAAGUCUUACAGGGAAUUUCAUGCUGAUUUAUUUCCCGACACAUUUGCUCCAGAACCAUCUUUAACUUCAUCUCAGUGGCAAUCAGGAGAAAAUAGCAAGAUUUUCAAAGUAAGUCUCAUGCCAUCAAACACAAAAGGGUUAUUAAUUAAAAGGAACCACAUUUUGGGUUCUGGUGCUAAAAAGGAAGUCAUUAAUACAUCUACUGUUAAACCAGUAUCUGAAACAAAAACGGAAAAGAUGUCUAGAAAGGAAGAGCUCAAAGUUGAAAAGGUGGAACAUGCCAAUGUAAUUUCAAAACCUGUUCCUGCAAGAAAGCCUUCUCCUCCAGUAAAACCCAAGUCUAUUGUGGUAGAUGGCCAAAAAAAUCUGAAACCUUCAUCACCAGUAUUGAAACCGAAACUGAGUCAAAAUAUAAAACAGCCUGCUUCAAAUGAAAACAAAGAUAAAGAUAACCCAAACAAUAAAAACCCAUCACCUUCCACUCGCCGACCUGCUCGCACAUUUGGAAUGCGUGUGUCCAAAUUUCGCCAUUUAAAUGGUUUAGUUUCCCCCAAAGAAUGUCAUAUAACAGAUUUAGCAACUUUAACAAGAACUAUUCCUGGAGAAUGUAAUGGAUUUUCUGCUAAUGAACAUAGAGUUGCCAUACCAAUCGGUGCUGCUGGCAAUUUUCUUGCUGUAUUAGAGCUUUCUAAUUCAGGACGUGCACCAGCUGUUGCUGAUAUGCCGGGUGUCUUAACUGGUUAUAGCAUAAUGGAUUUUUCUUGGGAUCCAUUUGAUGAUUGUCGACUUGCUGUGGGUUGUGACUCUGGAGAUAUUCAAAUUUGGACAGUACCUGAAGAAGGUUUGAAGUGUAAAAUGGAAGACGCAUCAGUAGUCUUUAAAGCUCACUCAGAAAAAGUUAAUAUUGUAAAAUUUCAUCCUUGUGCUCAAAACGUAAUUGCCACUGCAUCAUCAGAUCUAUCUAUUCGUAUAUGGGAUUUAACGUCUUUAGAAGAGAAAAUAUGGCUCUCUGGACAUAAAGAUCAAAUACUGAACUUUGCUUGGAGUUCUGAUGGCCGUUUUCUUGCUUCUGUUAGCAAAGAUCAAAAAGUUCGACUUUAUGAUCCUCGUUCUUCUUCUCAACCAAUAAAAGAAGGAACUGGUCCUCAAGGAACUCGAGGAGCAAGGGUAGCCUGGGUGUUGAAUGAUGCGUAUUUUGUUGUGUCUGGAUUUAGCAAAGUUUCUGAAAGACAAAUAUAUCUAUAUGAUAUAAAAGAUAUUACCAAUCCCAUAGCCGAUAUUGGAAUAGAUGUCAGUCCAGCAACUUUAGUUCCAUUCUAUGACAGUGAUAGUUCAACUUUAUUUUUAAGUGGGAAGGGAGAUUCUGUUGUAUUUGCAUAUGAAGUAGCUACAGAUAGUCCUUAUUUUCACCCAUUAUCUCAUUAUAAAUGUAGUAAUCCUCAUCAAGCACUGUCAUUUUUGCCAAAAUGUGUUUGCAAUGUGAGAGAAGUAGAAUUUGCAAGGACCAUACGUUUAACUCCAUGUACUAUAGAGCCCAUGUCAUUCCAUGUUCCUCGAUUAAGGUCGGAAUUCUUUCAAGAUGAUUUGUUUCCACCUACACGUAAAACCUGGGUACCUUCUCAAACUAGUUCUGAAUGGUUUUCAGGCAUCAACAGACCUGCAGAAGUUAUCAGCUUGAAACCAGAUGAUAUGACUCUUUUAAGUGAUGCACCUCCACCAGUAAAAGCAACUCCAAAGUCACAGCCAUCACCCAGUAUUGUAUUUGAAGGUGAAGUUGCAUUAGCGAGUUCAUUAGCAUUUUUGCAAAACAGUAAAGAAAAAGAAGAAAAGAUUGUUCAGUCAAUGCUUUCUCAGUGUGAAUUGGUGGAAGACAGUCUCCCACAAGAAGCAUUUGAAGGGGUUGAUCCUGAUGAAUGGGAAGAAGAAAAGGAUCAAACACAAACAAAAUGAGUUCAUUAAUAGGUUGUUUGCAUUCCUAAAUUUUUAAAUUAAAUCAUGACAAUUUUAUUUAUUAUUUAAAGUUGAUUGUUUUAUGAAUUUUAAUAUGCAUUAUCAUGUACUGUAAAUAGUGAUUAAUGCCAUAUGAUUUGUAUAUAUUAAUUUGUAUAUUUAUACUUUUGUUAUUUGUUUGAACCAUGACUUUUUGCCAUACAUAAUUACCAGACCACAUUUUGCCAAACAUUAGUACAAAAUGCUGCUAAGCACAACCUUGUAUCAAAAAACUUUACUUGCUUGGGACCAUAAUUUUAAAAUUUUUGAUGCUAAAUAUAAUUCAUAAUCACUAUACAUAGGUUUUUAUCAAAUAUGAAUCAAUGCUGCUGGUAAUAUUUUACGUGCAAGGACUCUGAAAAAUGUAAUUUUAAAAUUCUUUAUACAAAGAAAUUAUUUCAUACACAUAAGUUGGCAAGCUUCAUCAUUUUAUCUAAGCGUUGUUAUUACAUCUGCUUUGUUAUGUGUUAAGUUUUUAUAAUUAUAUUUUAAUUACUCGGAAUCAAAAAUUAUUUUUUAAGUAAUUGUUUUAUCAAAGAUUGAGUUUUAAAAAUUGUAACUACAUUUAAAUAAUAAAUACUAUGUCUUCGUUCACAACAAAGAGGCUUAUGACAAAAAUUUUCUGUUGUAAUCUUUUUAGUUGUUUCAUCAUAAAAAGUGGUAUUUCAAAAUGAAUUUUUCUUUAUUUACAAUGAAUUUCAUUAACUGGACUUAUACUCAUUCAUAAUAUUUACAAUUUACUGGCAUUUCACCUACUAGAAACCUGCAGUAAUAUUUUUAUUGUUUUCCAAUUAACCCAUUUUAUCCCACUGUCCUAUUUAAAGGACAGCAGACGGUUUAAUCAAUCUUUAAAAAUAACAUUCUUCUCAAACUUAAGAAAAAUAAAUAAAUUGGUAUAAAAUGAGUUAAAUAAAGCACUUUUAAAUUUUUAGGUAAAAAUAUUUCAUUAAACAAAUUGUUAGGAGUUUAAAUGGCUUCUGUCUGCCAGCAAAAUUAAAUUAAGGUAUUUCUUACUUCAAUAUUAUUGUUAUUUUAUAUUUUUAAUGAUAAUCAAGCAAUGUUCCCGGCAAUAAAGUUCUGCUUUGCCCUUUUUAUUCUCAUAAUUAUAUUUGAUAUAAUGGAUAUCUAAAGAAAAUAAGGAAGAAAUAUAACCUUACAACAUGAAAAAAAAAAAAAAAAAAGCAAUUAAUGCUUUACUUUUUUAAUUUUCUGCAAAUUACUAAAAGGGCAUUAGAAAAAUUUGUUGAAAUUUAAAAUAUGAAAAUUGUUUUUGAGGUGUUUUAGCCUCCAAGAAUGUAUUACCUUGCUGAAAGGGGGGGAAAAUCUAUGGGAUGCCACAAGAUGACCGUUUUCCCACAUGAUUGCUCAUUUUUUGUAUGUACUUCGAAAAUUUGUGUUAUUUAUUUUGUUGUUUUAUUGUGUAUCACUAAGUGAUUAAUAGUCAUUUGUUUGCUUUUUUUAUAUUUACAUAAAAUUCUAAAUUUAAAUAUAUCAUGAUAUAAAACUAUUAACCAGCAAAUAAACAGCUUUUGUAUCAUGAAAAUGUCUUUAAGUAAGGAAAUGUCGAUUUAAUGUUUUUAGUGUUGUAACAUCCAAAAGAAAAUGAAUAUUUUCCUUAAAAUAAUCUGGACAUAGUCUCAUUUAAAUACUUUCCUGUUUGUGUUCAUGAACUGUGCUCAUGAAUAUUGAUAAACUUAAAAUUUUGUUUCAUAACUUGAAUGCUUGUUUAUUUCAUUCCAACAUUGUACCAUAUGUAAAUCAGAUUUUGUAAGAGAAAUGAAUUUUAAUAAGCAGUAUUUUUAAAGAUUUUAUUUUUUGUUACAUUAUUUCUGAAUGGAGAAGUGAUAUAAUACCUUUCAAGUUUUUUUAUUUUAAACAUUCUUUAUAUUUCCUUGUAGAGUGAGUGUGUAAUAUGUGUUAAGAGUAUGUCAGAUGUAAAAAAAACUUAUAUGCAAAAUGAAUUUUUAAUUUUUUACAUAUAGAAUUCUUUUAUAAUAUACACAUAAAAAAAGUUAUUUGCUGCAUUCUUUUUUCAGUUAAAUGAUUAUCUAAAUAGGAAAAUAAUUUUAGUUAUUGUAGUAAUAUUUUGGUUUCUUUUAAAUUAUUAUUGAAAAUGAUAUGACUAAAUCAAUAUAGGCUUUUAAAUAAUGGAUUCUACACUGUAACUAGGACAAAUGUUAUAUUAUUAUUCCACUUGUAGUAAAAAUUGGAAACUUAGCUUGUGAAAACUUGCAUUUUAAAUUAUAAUAAAAUAAAAAUUUUAAUU